CUAUUAUUAACUAUUAUGAUAGUAUUAGUAUAUAGAGUAUAUCAACUUUAAUUAUUUGCCACUUUCUAACAUGAUUCAGAGGAUUCCUCAUAAAUCCUUUUUCAACACACUAGGAUGUAUGUAAAUUGUAGAAAAUAACUUCAGGUUUCCAAAUUGUGGAUUAUGGACUAUUUAAGGGAUAAAUCCUUAAGACGACUAGAUGAUUUUUUAGAAAAAUUAAACAACUUUAUUCUUCAAAAUGACGAUGAUAACCAAUUGAGUCAAGAGAAUACAUCUGAAUAUGUACCAUAUUUGAUUGUAAAGUAUGUGAUUUCCAUCUGCAAUGGAGAAGAUUUUGAACCUAGUUCUGAUUCCUCUAAUGAAAAAAUUGAGGAGUCUUAUGAGAGUCAAAAACUCGUUGAAUUUGACUGUAAUGAAUUUUACACCUCCCGAAUGAGCCUAGUUUUGAAGAAUUUUACAUCUUCUAACCUUUCUCUUGAAACUUUUUUCGACAACAACUCUCAAUUCUACUGCCAUACCUCCAGUAGUAGUACUAAUAACACUGAUAAGUCAAACAACUCAGUUAAUCCUGUAUCAUACGUUAUUUAUUCAAAAAAAGAAGUUUCAGGAUUAUUAAAAUCUGGUCAUUGUAAACUUGCAGUUGAUUUAAUAGGUGAUGUUCCAUUAAGUGAUAAGGGUGUUGGAAUUAACUAUUUAAAACAUGGGAAACUAGUUUUGAAAAGGUUUACUUUUUUACUUAAUCGCGUUUGUCCGCUGAGACCAGAGCUUCAUAUUAACUACAUUAAAUCUCAUUUAUCGCAAGACAAGGAAAUGCUGAAGAUGAUUGAUCUUGCAUACCUAGACUCCUCAAGGCCCUGGAUCAUGUACUGGUCACUACACUCACUACUAUUACUUCGCCAUGAUAUACAAUCUUACAAACAAAGAAGUCUGAAUAGUAUAAUGAAGUGUUGGGAUAAUGAGUUUGGAGGAUUUGGUGGAGGCGAGUAUCAGAGAGCUCACGUGGCAACAACCUAUGCAGCUCUGUGUGUUUUAAAGAUGUUUAACUCUGUUCACAUGGUUGAUGUAGAGUUGUUGUACUCCUUUUUGAUGGAUAUGAAAUCUUCGGAUGGGUCGUUUUCAGCCACAUACGGAGGUGAACGUGAUACCAGGAGUACUUACUGUGCCAUAGCAAGUGCUUAUAUGGCCGGAAAUUUAACUGAAGAACUUACUGAGAAUACGCUAGAGUAUAUUAUUAGCUGUCAGACCUAUGAAGGCGGAUUAUCAUCUGAACCUUAUUUAGAAGCUCAUGCAGGUUAUACUUACUGUGGUCUAGCCUGUAUUGCUAUCAUUAUCACCAAUACCCUUAACACUGGUAAUUAUAACACUGGUGAUAGUAGUGAUACAGUUAGUAAUGUGAAGAAUAAGUUAGAUUUAAUGAAAGUGUAUGAAUGGUGUGUUAAUAGACUGACACCUCAAUUCGGAUUUCAAGGUAGACCUCAUAAACUUGUUGAUUCAUGCUAUUCUUUUUGGGUAGGAUCAUCAAUACUUAUUAUUGAACAACUAUUUAAUCAACUUGAUAAAUUUUACGGUCAAAAUGAUACGACAUUUUAUAAUCGAGGUGAUAGAAAAUUGUAUGAAGAACUUUUGAAGUGUUAUCUAUUGGUGGUUGCUCAGACUGGUAAGGGAUUUCGAGAUAAGCCUGGCAAACCUUCAGAUCUUUACCACACCUGCUACUCACUCUCAUAUCUUAACCUAAUUGACAACAAUCUGCCACAUGACAUUUUACUCAAUCUUACCACUUAAUGUUAUAAUAGUGUA